GAGUAGUCAUAUGAUUAUUCGACUCAACAUGGCUCGGGUCUCGAUGUUUAUGUGCUUGGUGUCUAUGUGCCUGUUGUCUGGAGUUCUGGCUGGACGCUAUUUCAACCAGAAUCAACCAUGCUACAAGCCGAUGCGGAGAGACCGACUGGAAGUGAAGACUGCCCUGCGGCCGCAUGAGUACCUGAACGUGGCCGAGCUGCCCAAAGCCUGGGACUGGAGAAACAUCAAUGGGACCAACUACGUCAGCACCACCCGCAACCAGCACAUCCCACAGUACUGCGGAUCCUGCUGGGCGCACGGCAGCACCAGCGCCAUGGCGGACCGCAUCAACAUCCUGCGUAAGGGGGCGUGGCCCUCAUCGUACCUGUCGGUGCAGAACGUGAUUGACUGCGGGGAGGCGGGCUCCUGCCACGGCGGCGACCACUCAGGAGUGUGGGAGUACGCGCACACACACGGCAUCCCCGACGAGACUUGCAACAACUACCAGGCCAAGGAUCAGAAGUGUAAGCCCUUUAACGAGUGUGGCACCUGCACCACCUUCGGGGUGUGUAAUGUGGUGAAGAACUACACCAUCUGGAAGGUGGGGGACUUCGGACCGGCCAACGGGCUGGAAAAGAUGAAGGCCGAGAUCUACACCCGAGGACCAAUCAGCUGUGGCAUCAUGGCGACGGAGACGCUGGACGCCUACACCGGGGGCCUCUACUCCGAGUACAUUAAGGAGCCCUACAUCAACCACAUCGUGUCUGUAGCGGGCUGGGGGGUCGACCCGACCGGAGUCGAGUACUGGAUCGUCCGCAACUCCUGGGGGGAGCCUUGGGGGGAGAAGGGAUGGCUGAGGAUCGUCACCAGUUCCUAUAAGGGAGGCAGCGGUAGCCAGUACAACCUGGCCCUGGAGGAGGACUGCAUGUAUGGCGACCCCAUCGUGCCCAAGAACUACAUGUGAUCGACACGCGUGACCACCGCUGACCGAUCUUCAGAAGGACUCUGAGACGGCAGCCUAUCAGGAAAGGGAAAUCUUCACCAUGUUGAUUGUACUCAACAGCUCCACGUUAAUUGCUGGACUGUUGACCUGCUUUUUAAAGGGAAGGUGUAAAUGUUGUGCCAGUAUUUAGUCCACUGUUGACAGCCUUGUUGCCUUUAAGCGUGAAGCGCUGGACUGAAGGCGCAUGCUGCCAAAGAUGCAAAGUCAGUAUGACGCUGCUGUUUUUAUAAAGUACUUGUCUUCCUGUGACUUCACCUGUUUAUCAUGGCAUGUCCAAUAAAGCCUUCUACACACACACACACA